GAGAGCUUUUUAAAAAGAUAACGGAUUAGUGAUAAUAAUUCGACGGAGGAGAAGAAACCCAGAAAGAGGCAAAGAAGAGCACUUCACUUAAUUUUCAGAGAAUCAAAGAAACCGCUUAAAGAUGGUGAGUGAAGGAGAAACAAGACAAGAACUUAACAGAUGCUUCGAGAAGAUGAAGAUGGAAGGCUUUGUCAUCUCUGAGUGGAAAGAUAUCCCCGUUGAGCUUCUUAUGAGGAUCCUUAGCCUUGUUGAUGAUCGGACUGUGGUCAUUGCUUCUGGUAUUUGUAGUGGCUGGAGAGAUGCUGUUUCCCUUGGCCUCACUCGUCUCUCCCUCUCUUGGUGCAAGAAGAAUUUGAACAGUUUGGUUCUUUCUCUUGCUCCCAAAUUCGUCAAGCUUCAGACUUUAGUACUGAGACAGGACAAACCGCAGCUUGAGGACAACGCAGUGGAAGCCAUAGCAAAUCACUGUCACGAGCUACAAGAUUUGGACUUAAGCAAAAGCUUGAAACUAACUGACCAUUCCCUCUAUUCGCUGGCUCGUGGUUGCACUAGCCUCACUAAACUUAACCUUAGCGGAUGCACUUCGUUCAGCGACACUGCUCUCGCGCAUUUGACAAGAUUUUGUCUGAAGCUUAAAAUUCUGAAUCUCUGUGGUUGUGUGGAAGCUGUAUCUGACAGUGCAUUGCAGGCUAUUGGAGCAAACUGCAAUCAGUUGCAGUCACUAAACUUGGGAUGGUGUGAGAAUAUAAGUGAUGAUGGAGUUAUGAGUUUAGCUUAUGGCUGUCCUGAUCUCAGAACGCUUGAUCUUUGUGGCUGUGUAUCAAUUACAGAUGAGAGUGUUGUGGCUUUGGCAAAUCAGUGUGUACACUUGAGGUCACUGGGGUUAUACUAUUGCAGGAACAUUACAGACAGAGCCAUGUACUCGCUGGCUCAAAGCGGAGUGAAGAAUAAGCAUGAGAUGUGGCGAGCAGUGAAGAAAGGAAAAUUCGAUGAAGAAGGACUAAGAAGCCUUAACAUUAGCCAAUGCACUUACCUCACACCUUCAGCGGUUCAAGCUGUCUGCGAUACAUUCCCUUCCCUCCACACUUGUUCAGGCAGGCAUUCACUUGUCAUGAGCGGUUGUCUGAAUUUACAAUCAGUUCAUUGUGCCUGCAUCCACCAGGCUCACCGCACCCACACCGCUUUCCCUCACCCGGCUCAUUGAACCGGUGUGUGAACUAGAGGGUCAUCUCUCUGGUAUGUGUGUUUAAUAAAAGCUUCUUUUAGUUUUCUUCUCGUCUCUGAUGCAAUCUCAAGAUUUUAACAUUUAUACAUUAUAGCAAUCUUGUAAUGAUUGCAAAAUACUUAUAUCUAACAAUUUGUUAAGUUU